AUGGCGCCUACGACUCAAAUAGAUCUUUUCACGGGAUGGCCUGCAACAGCCAUGCUUCCAGUGGAACGCCUUAAACAAGCAGCUAACAAUGCCCUAUCCAACAAAACCAUAUUCACUGAAGGAUUUGCCUAUGGCCCGGACGAAGGCUAUUUCCCUUUGAGAAAAAAUAUAGCCGAGUGGCUAUCCCGAUCCUAUAUACCUGCGCAACCCAUCUGCGCAGAGCGGAUAUGCAUAACUGGCGGUGCCAGCCAGAAUCUAGCAUGCGUAUUGCAGGUAUUCACGGAUCCAGCGCAGACACAGAUUGUAUGGCUCGUGGAGCCAACAUAUUAUCUUGUCUUUCGGGUAUUCGAAGAUGCUGGGUUCAGUGGUCGGAUGCGAGGGAUACCCGAGGAUGAGGAGGGGAUGGAUGUUGCUGCACUUGAAAUUGCUUUGGAUGCAUUUGACCGUGGAGAUCUAGAUUGUCAAUAUGGUCGGAAGAAGACAUACAAGCCCGACAGGCCGUAUAGAAAGACAUACAAGCAUGUCAUCUAUUGUGUUCCGAGCUUCUCAAAUCCGUCGGGGACGACGAUGUCUCAAUCGCGGCGCGAGGCACUCGUCAGAGUAGCGCGGAAGUACGAUGCUCUCGUCGUCGCUGACGAUGUAUAUGAUUUCCUCAGUUGGGGCGCGACACAUCCCACCAACCCGGUUCCGCGUCAGCGUCUCGUGGAUAUAGAUCGGGUAAUCGAUGGUGGUCCAGCAGAUCGAUUCGGCAAUGUCAUGAGCAAUGGAUCAUUCAGUAAGCUUAUUGGUCCGGGAUGUCGAGUUGGAUGGGCUGAAGGGACCAAAGAUUUCAUUUAUGGUCUUUCUCAAGCUGGUUCUACACGCUCUGGUGGUGCUCCUUCGCAACUAACGUCGACUUUCAUCAAUGAGCUGCUUGAGGAUAACUUUUUGCCUCGAUACAUUACCGAUAUCCUAGUCCCCGAAGGACAGAGAAGACAUUGCAUUCUGUCAUCAGCGAUCAAAACACAUCUUGGUCAUCUUGGUGUCUCGUUUACUCCUGAUCCGGAGAGUAGUCCAGUUGUGGGGGGAUACUACAUCUGGGUUCGGCUUCCGGCCGCAUUGACCGCGACUCAGGUGUGUCAGGAAGCACUGGAGACGCAAAAUUUGGUGUUGGGUGGCGGUGAGACAUUUGCUGUUCCAGGAGGCAAUGCUCCAGGAGAUUUGCAUCGCAGGCUGAGACUUUGUUUCAUGUGGGAGGAUGAAGGGCGGCUAGUUGAGGGGGUGGAGAGACUAGGGCUUGUUGUUCGAAGUAUAUUGACAAACAACAAAUAG